AUGUUAACAAUUAAAGAGUUAAAUAUUGAUGCUUACAAAUACCUUAUUGUUAUACCUCCAAGGUUCUGGUCUAAGUCUAGAUUUAGUGGUCGAGCCAUAUGCGACACAAUUGUCAACAAUAUGAGUGAAGCUUUUAAUAGUGUCAUAGUGGAUGCAAGAGGCAAACCCAUAAUCACCAUGCUCGAAGAAAUCAGAGUUUAUUUAAUGGAAAGGUGGGCCACUAAGAGAAAAAAGGUUACAACUUUUGAAGGAAACAUCUGCCCCAAGGUCCUUGAUAGACUACACAAAGAAAAGGAGUUAACCAAAUAUUGGAUCCCAAGUUGGUUAGGAGAAAAACUAUUUGAAGUGAGGCACAUAUCCAUGGUUGGAGAUAAGUACACAGUGAAUGUGGAUGCUCAACAUUGCAGCUGUAGGAAAUGGCUUUUGACUGCUAUCCCUUGUUGCCAUGCUAUUGUAGCAAUGAAUUUCAUCAAUGUCAAUGCUGAGGACUUCAUACCAAUCUGCUUCAGGAGAUCCACCUACGAAGAAAUAUAUCAAUCCAUCAUCUUUCCAGUCAAUGGUGAAGUCUUAUGGGAAAGAACUCCCUACCCCGACGUCCAUCCACCACAUAAGAGGAUCUUACUAGGAAGACCCAAGAAAAAAAGAAGAUUGGAAAAGUGGGAGUUGAGAAAGGAUAACACACAAAUCAACAAAGGAGGUCAUAGAAAAAAAUGUAGCAUAUGCCGUCAGAUUGGACAUAACAGGAACAAUUGCCUAGAUAAGCCUGUGGAUGAGCAGACUACAACACCUGCUGAGCCUGCACCAAAUGCCCAAACUACUGAGAAUGCACCAACUACUGAGAAAGCACCAAUUACUGAAGUGGAGAGUCAAGCAACACCACUAUCAACACCAGAAGAACCAUCUCAGCACUCACCCUAUCUACUUGUGUUUGGCAAGGAUCAUGCAAUUCAUUACACGGGAUCGAAUGAGGUUGCAAGUGGAGCUGGUGAGGCUUAA